AUCGGGUACGAAACAUAACUCACCGCUUACCGAACAAUUCAUCUGGCACACGCCAAAAGAGUUUUUUUUUCAAUUAAUUGUGGCGAUGCAUUCAAAGGGGAAUAGGGAAAUGAUGUUGAUAUCAAACAGGACUUCCAUUUUACAGCGCUAACAAAUUCCACCAUUUUUUACAAUCCAUCCCUCGAAGAUAUUGGAAGAUAUGGGUAUUCUUACAGGCCCUUCUUGCCCUUUCAUUUUACGUGCAUCUGUUUCCUUCAAUAUCAACCAUGGAUCAGUUAAAUCAUCUGUCUUCUCUCCCUCCAACACAAAACUAUUUAGGAGGAGAAAUACCAAACAGAUUUUUUUGAGUUCCGACAAUGGGUCAGUGUCGAGCCACACAUCAAAACAGGCUUUUGGAAAUGUAAAUGGACAACUCCCAGACUGCGAUGUGCAGAAAUACAAGCGUAGCUUCGAAAAUUUUUUCUGCUAUGACAAGGAAAUUCCCGAGGAGAUAAUUGAGAAGCCAAUUGGAUUAUGUUUGAGCGAAAAAAACAUCGGUAGCAGUCCCCGAUGCCGGCAGUGUGAAGCCAAGGGAGCAGUUCUCUGCGAGACCUGUUCCGGGUCAGGGCUUUAUCUUGAUUCCAUCUUGGAGAGCCAAGGGAUACUUGUCAAAGUCAGAUGUCUUGUUAAAAAGUUGCUGGACCUUUGGAUGCACUUGUUGAAGGGGUUGAAGUAAUUUCUCCACCUUAUCCAAUUCCUUGGACUUACAGUUGGUUAUGGAACUGUGCAUAUUGAAAUCCACAAUGGCAUGUAUAGAAUGGAGUAUUCCCUGGAGAAUAGAACUGUUAUUGGCUGUUGAAUGUAUGGCAAGUUUUCAUCCUGACUGUAAGGAUGAGCAAUAUUGUAAAUUUGCAGUAACUAGAGUAGUGUGUAAUUUACCUCUUUAGUUUGUUCAUUAGUUUGAGGAUGGAUUGCUGUUGAUCUAUCCAAUCAUGUAACAUUUCCCACAAAGCUCGUUUAAAAUGAGUUAAACAAAUUUUGGAUGUCGAACAAAUACAAUGGAGAGGAAUUACAUAAUGUACCCAAAUGUGCCAGAAAAAUAUUUUAGUUAUUUCAAUUGCAUUGAUUGUCUUCUUA